CGGGUACAUAAACAAGUCCAGACUAUACACCCGUCUGAAGAGACUGACUGCGAUACAUAACAGAUAAAGCCGAGGCAUUAAAUCUGCAAAUAAUACAUUUCUGAAAGCUGAUAAGAUAUCAGUCUGGAAAAGUCGUAACAGAAAAUGAUCAACAGAAUCCUCGCACAGCUGGUGGGAAGGGAAGACAAGGAAAGCGAUGUUACAGAAGAUACCGAUAACUGUGCGAAUCUCCUUGAGUUCGACGAUGGAGAAUGGGUUAUCAUAAAGACAGAUGAGAAUCAGUCACUUGGCUCAUCAAACACAAACAGUCUUGAGAACCUGUUGAUCGAGCACCCCAGCAUGUCUGUUUACCAGAUGAGGCCUGAUCAGGGAGACCUUGCUUCAGAUGAAGAAACGGAGGAUGUGGCUAGGCCUGUGCCAGUCAGACGUCACGUUUCUUGGCGGUUAGCAGCAUGGGGCAGCCCUUUGCCCUGCAGCACCAUCCUGCUCUCAGUGCAGCGUGCCAGAGUCUAUAAUGAGCACAGAAAACUGACCCGUGGUGCCCUCAACAGGCAAAACCUCGCAAGAACACGAUUUUCUCCUUCUGAUCGCCGCUACGGCUACUUCAAACAGCCCGCUCAGCGCCUGUACAACUACUGAAAGCAAAUAAUAAACUAGCGCAAUGAAUAGCUGAAUAAGGGGCAAAUCAUGUCAUGAAUCCAUUCCCCUACGAGACUAACAUGGGUUAAGAAAUGCAGUGUGGUAUUAUUAUUAUGUUCUUCUUCAGGAGGAAGUCUCACUUUCAGUCUGACACUGAAAAAACUCAAAUGUUUUCAAAAAACAAAAAAAAAAGUAGUGAUUUGCAUUAGUAGUGUUAUAAAGUGUUUUUUAAACAUGUAACAAAGAUUGUGUGCUUGUUUUUUAGCUUAGCGUGAUGUGACUGCUGCAUGAGUAUUUAGUGGAUAAAAAAAUUGUGUGAAAUAAUUCAUUGUUAAAGCCUAAAAUCAGUCGAGGACUGUACUUUACCAAGACUAUGCAUUUUUUUACAUCAAAUAAUAAGGUUAAUAUGUAUCUUAAUGUUACUUAAGUGCCAGAGAAAUGAGAUCUGAUGAUGAUGUAUGUCUUGAUUCAUAUUGUCAGUUGUUAUUACUUGACUUUGUAUAUUUAAAUGCCUUUAUUUGCUGUUGUUUUAUUUUUUAUCUUCAAAAACACGUUUGAUCAAAUCUUUUAAAAAGUGAAAAAAUAAAUAUUUUAUCUUCA